GCUGUUUCUUGUACCCACAGCAUGUUUACAAUAAAGACUGAAGUAUUUGGCAUUUUUCUGCUGUGCUGCUGUAGCAGUGAAGGUUCAAUUGUGCUGAUGAACAGAACUAGCGUGGCACUGCCAAAAGAAACAGUCCAAUGGCAAAUUGAAGUAGAGAUUCCAGCCAACACCAGUGCCAGUGUUCAAUGCUACGUAAACAAGCAUCAAGUAUGGAUAUCCCCAGUUAUCAAACAAUCCCAUGCUCCACGAAAGGUCCGAUUGGUAGCAAAUGUCACCAUGAACAGCAGCUUGGAUUCUGGUGAAUUCUACUUCAACUACAUGAAUGAGGUGGUUUAUGGGGUUGUCCUUGUGCAAGAUGGGUUUUUUCUACCAGAAAUGGGUGUUAGAAGUUUUGUCAUCCCUUUGCUGGCGUUCAGCGUUCUUCUUAUGCUGUUUAGCAUCACUGGAUCAGUUUAUAUCUUUAAAUUGUACAAGGAACAUUUGCCUGCUAAAGUAGAAGAAGAUGGAGUGAAAAAACGAAAAACAAAGAAUAAUAAAGCCGUGCAGGAAGAGACGGGUACAUCUGAUUCAGUAUACACGGCACUUGAUUCCCGUCAAGUCUCCGUUUAUGAUGUGCUGAAUGUGGACGAAGACAGGAGUGAAAGCAGAGACAGUCAGAGAGAGGCAAAUGCUUCUACAAUGGAGGAAGGGAUCUUUGAAUCUGUCUAUGAAAACCUAGCAACAUUGUAAUAUUUCUCUAUAAAGAAUUUAUAAUUAAGAAAUCUGUGGCAACCAGGAUUGUAGUUUUUGAGACAACUGUUACUGUGAUCUUGAUCUUAAAUGAGUUGCCUUGCCCAUAUCUUGGUCUAGAAUGUCCUGAAAUACAUAUAUAUUCCUUAAUGGUAAACAGAUUUCAUACUUCUCUAGCUCCUGUUUUGUGGGCAAUAACAACAGCACCCUGCUCCCGGCCUGGUCAGGUGCUCAACAGACACAGCUGGCUGUGUUUGAGUAAGCGAAAGAUAAAGGGAAAAAAUGCCUCCUGGCUGUUGUAAAAGUGACUCCUACGGUCUGGUUAAGGAGGAUAACAAGUAGUGGAAAAAUAAAGAGGUUUCUUUUUUUGUGAAGGGUUCUGUAUGAAUUCCCCACUGAACUGUGAAAAAGAAGCGGUUUAUGACGCACGUCCCUCUUGCAACAUGUGUUUAGUGCCAACAUGUUUGGUUCAGCAGUGUUCAGCAGUGUUGCAUUACUAAAUACAAAGCAUUGUAAACAGCAAAAGGUUCAAAGAUAAAAUCGUAGGUAAUAAUUCUUAUUUGGUGAUUUGUUGCCACCAAAUAAAAAAAAAAAUGUCUGUAAAACAGUAAGCUGGCUAAGCUAACAGUAAUUUUGGGUGUAAACCACACACUUUGUGUUAAUGAGCAUGCCACACUUGUGCAACCAUCACUUUUUAGACACAUGCUUUUCUAUGGUAGUAUAUAGUUUGGAGUACAGCCUAAUUUUGUGAUUUUUUUUUUUACUGU